AUGACAGGAUUUUAUGACCUUGAAGCUUCCGAUUUUAAGAAAGCACCUUUCAGCUUUGCUGAAUGGCGAGGAAAAGUUGUAUUGCUUGUUAAUGUAGCAUCAAAAUGUGGAUUUACCCCACAAUAUUCGGGACUUGAAAGCCUUUAUAAUAAAUAUAAAGGCGAAGGUUUAGUCAUUGCCGGUUUUCCGUGUAAUCAAUUUGGUUCUCAAGAACCAGGCACCGAAGAAGAAAUUGUUCAAUUUUGUUCUACAAAUUAUAAUGUUACUUUCCCUAUAUUUGCAAAAAUUGAUGUUAACGGUACUAACGCAUCAUCCGUUUACGAAUAUUUGAAAUCUCAACAAUCUGGCGAUAUCAAAUGGAACUUUGAGAAAUUCUUGAUUGAUAAAAACGGCAACGUUAUAAAAAGGUUUCCUUCUAAUGUUAAGCCUGAAGAAAUUGAAAAAGAAAUCAAUCCCUUGUUGAAAUCGAACCUUUAA